GUGGCGAAAUGCGAGGAAUUUUGGGUCCGCCUCUCUCAUUGAUGAAAUUUAAAUUCUUGUGGGUUUACCUUUAGCCAGUCGGUGCGAGAGGGGCUCGCGUGUCUCCGGGGGCCAGCGCAGGAGGAAGGAGCGGCCGGGGACCGCGCCAAGUUGAUAGGCUUCUCCCUCGUGGGAUAGCCCACUCUUCCUCCCGUUUCUAAAUUACCGCCGCUUUGGAACCCCCUCGCAAGAGGAGGGCAGGCGGCGAACGCCGGCUAUCGCGCGGAAAGAGGCGGCAGGGGGCGAAAAUAAUAUAAAAAGAGAAAAAAAAGGAAAAGGAAAGCUGCUCCCCAGCCUUUUAUUAUAUAUUUUUGGGAUAUUUUUUUUCUAUAUUUAUAAAAGCAAAUUAUUUAUUUUGUUAAAGAGCGAAAAUGUCGUCUUUUGCACAAGCAAUGUCUCAAGCAGGCACGUCGCAGUUUCAGGAAGUCAUUCGACAAGAGCUGGAAUAUUCAAUGAAAGUAGAACUUGAUAAGAUACUUGCAACUGCACCUUCAAAUGAGCUAGAGCACACACAAAAAGACCUGGAAGGAUUUCAGAAACUAUUUCAUAGAUUUUUACAAGAAAAGGGACCAUCUGUGGACUGGGGGAAGAUUCAGAGACCCCCAGAAGAUUCUAUCCAGCCCUAUGAGAAGAUAAAGGCCAGAGGACUGCCUGAUAACAUUGCUUCUGUACUGAACAAACUGGUCGUCGUGAAACUAAAUGGUGGUCUGGGCACAAGCAUGGGUUGUAAAGGCCCCAAAAGUCUUAUUGGGGUGCGCAAUGAGAACACCUUCUUGGAUCUGACAGUUCAGCAGAUUGAGCAUUUAAACAAAAUCUACAACACCGAUGUUCCUCUUGUUCUAAUGAAUUCCUUCAACACUGAUGAAGACACCAAGAAAAUCUUGCAGAAAUACAGUCACAGCCGUGUGAAAAUAUAUACUUUUAAUCAAAGCAGGUAUCCUAGAAUUAACAAGGAAACUCUGCUGCCAAUAGCCAAGGAUGUAUCUUACUCGGGAGAGAAUACAGAGUGCUGGUAUCCCCCAGGCCAUGGAGACAUCUACGCCAGCUUCUAUAACUCUGGUCUGCUGGAUAACCUUAUUGGAGAGGGGAAGGAAUAUAUUUUUGUAUCCAAUAUAGAUAACUUGGGUGCCACUGUGGACCUUUACAUUCUUAACCAUCUUAUGAACCCACCCAAUGGAAAACGUUGUGAAUUUGUCAUGGAAGUCACAAACAAAACCAGGGCAGAUGUGAAGGGUGGGACACUUACGCAAUAUGAAAACAAGCUGAGACUUGUGGAAAUAGCUCAGGUCCCAAAAGCACAUGUUGACGAAUUCAAGUCUGUGUCAAAAUUCAAAAUAUUCAAUACGAACAACUUGUGGAUUGCUUUGUCUGCGAUUAAAAGGCUGCAAGAGAAAAAUGCUAUUGACAUGGAGAUCAUUGUUAACCCAAAGACCCUGGAUGGAGGCUUGAAUGUUAUCCAGUUGGAGACUGCAGUUGGUGCUGCUAUUAAGAGUUUUGAGAACUCUCUGGGGAUAAACGUACCUCGUAGUCGGUUUUUGCCUGUUAAGACCACGUCGGAUCUCUUGCUUGUGAUGUCUAAUUUGUAUAGCCUUAACGCUGGAUCCUUAACAAUGAGUGAGAAACGUGAAUUUCCAACGGUGCCUCUGGUGAAACUGGGAAGUUCUUUCACAAAGGUUCAGGAUUACCUGCGGAGGUUUGAAAGCAUACCAGAUAUGCUUGAACUGGAUCAUCUCACGGUUUCAGGUGAUGUUACAUUUGGGAAGAAUGUUUCAUUAAAGGGAACGGUCAUCAUCAUUGCAAAUCAUGGCGACAGAAUUGACAUCCCAGCUGGAGCUCUACUAGAGAACAAAAUUGUAUCUGGCAAUCUUCGGAUCUUGGACCACUGAGUCAGUGAAAUGGCACGGGCGGUUCUGCGUACUGCUGUGCUACACCAGCCUCCUCCUGGAAGAACCUUCUAAGCAUUAGAAAUAAGUACACAGAGGGCUUACGCUUUGUCAUCGUCACAGUACCCUGCAGUAUUAAUUUAAAAUUAAUUUCUCUUAUCUUUUUAAGCAACACACAGUGCAAAGGAUGAGUGUGUGUAAGUAAGUAAGUAAUGCUUUGGUCCUUAAAGAGAUUCUGUAACUCGGUUAAUAUAUCCUUGAAGUGCAAUACUGUUUGUCUUGGGGGGUAAGAUGGACAGAUCUUUGAUUAAGAAGUUCAGAGGCUUGCCUCUUUCUGCAGUUACAAUUCAAAACUACUAAAAUGUUAAAGCUGUGAAGCAAUACACACGGGACACGGGUAGCUGCUCCUGUGACUUAUUAUGAAGUAUAAAUGGCAGAUGCAGUUGAAAACCAAAUGUUUCACGACUGCUAAAUGAGCUGUUAUGGACCCUGUAUUUCAUCUGUUCACAAAUAUCACAACCCUAAUUGUCUUUAAACUCUUCCCCACCCCCAAAACCAGUAGUUGAAGUGUUCUAUCACAAUACGCUCUACAUCGAGAUACUGGGGUAAGGCUGUCAAAACCUCUGUUUCUGUAUUGUGAUAGGGAGAGGAAAUGGGGAUGUUUCAAACUCACCCAAAGAAUCUUGAGAGAAAUGCCUCAGUAUCCAAGUGUGGCGUUUGCUUUCUCACAUCCCCUUUAAGACUGGAUCUCCUGUUAACAAACACCUUAAACCUUGUUCUGCCCUAUUCAAUACAUGGAUUAUAUCACUUUGAGUACACCCAUGUUCAUAUUGUUACAGUCAUGUAUGUUAAUUUAUCACUUCGUUAUUUCUAAAUUUGUACAGGAAUCAAGAUCCCUCUCAUGAUCACGUUUUUGAUUUCUUAAUGUUUCUCUCAUAUUUACAUGCAGACAGCUUUAUUUUAUAAGCUUAGUAUAACACAGGUAUAUAUCAUUAAAGAAGUUGGUCUUUAAAAACAACUGUGAUUUUUUUUUAUAGCUUUAUUGUGACGGACAAUUUAACGACAGCUGUUGUGUUACCAGAUAAGCAUGCCUGCCUGAAGAACUCGUAGGCACACGCACUGUAGACCGUUCCCUUGUACAUAAUCAUCACAGGGUUAGGCACUCGGACUAGGUUAGGUAAUGAGUGGGAGGUGAAAUACACAGGCACUUUUACUUAGUACUGGCAGCUUCCAGUCUUAAAAGGUAGCAUUAAAAACUCUUAAAUAAAUUAAUUUCAGUUGCA